GCAACAUAUAUUUAAGGGUGUGUUUCUUGCAGAUGCUGGUUGGGACAUGAAGACAAACGUAGGAGUGAUUAAAUGCGGAGAACAAAGCGGCAACUUCACUGGGGAAAGAAAACCUUUUUGUUAGGACAAGUUUCAGUUAACUGUCAGUGUCACCACUGAGUGAGUGUCCACAGGGUGUGUGUGGGGUAUCUUCCCAAAAUGACGUGGUUGUUUAGAGAAGAGGACGUGGAAGUGUCUCGGAGGUGGGGUGGGGGGAGAUCUCGGAAGAUUAGGAUUUCUUCUGAACCUCGAUGGAACCAAAGGGAAACAACCCAAGGCAGAUGACAAAUUCAUCCCGAGAUUCGUGAAUUGACGUCGAUUCUAAUCAGAUCUGUUCCCCCCCUCCUUCAGUCUGCCCCACCAGCACUAGAAGGGAUUCCCCAAGCUGCUUCAUCACUCCCUGAGAUUCGCUGUCCGGACACUCUCCUGCCGCACCCUGGAAUCCGUGUUCAACUCUUUCCUGGUUGAGUCGUGCAUUGCCAGCCACUCCAAGAUCCCCGACGCGGCAAGCAGCACCCCUCCACUCUCACACUGGUCCCGGGCUGCGGCGUGGGGAGGGGGUAAAGGAGCCAAGUCGCGGAAAACUUCCUCCCGGGAGAUGGCUGGUGUCAUUGGGCUUCCCCAGCACUCCUGCGCCGGGCCACACGUCUUUCACUAAAGUGGUGUCGCAACGAUUGCAGGUUCUGAGCUGCAGAGACCCUGGCAACCCACAGCCACGCCUCCCCCGCGAGGACCCGCGCCCUUUCCCACGGAAGGCCCUGGGGACACAGCGGCUGCCAGGCUGGGACUGCUGGAGGGGCUUGGCCAGUGCAGGGAGACUUUGCGCCACAAUGCUUUGUUUUCCUGCCGCAGGAACCCGAGACGGUCUCUUUCUACCAGACUUAACCCUCCCGCGGCAAUAGCCAUGGAAGUGGCGGCGGCACAGAGGGAGAGGGAACCGCUAGAAGCGGCCUCGUUUUUGGAUGUUUUUUCUUUACGCAGACUACUUCUUCCCUCCUUCUCGGGUGGCCGUUCCUGCAGCAGUGCCCCCGGUGUGUCAGCCCAAGGGUGCCACUAACGGGCAUUACCCAGCCCCACGCCUCUCCAUCUCCUCCCGAGCCACAGUGGUAGCCAGGAUGGAAGGCACCUCCCAGGGGGGCCUGCAGACUGUCAUGAAGUGGAAAACUGUGGUUGCCAUCUUCGUGGUCGUGGUGGUCUACCUCGUCACAGGUGGUCUCGUCUUCCGGGCAUUGGAACAGCCCUUCGAGAGCAGCCAAAAGAAUACCAUCGCCUUGGAGAAGGCAGAAUUCCUGCGGGAUCAUAUCUGUGUGAGCCCACAGGAGCUGGAGACGUUGAUCCAGCAUGCCCUUGAUGCUGACAAUGCAGGAGUAAGUCCAAUAGGAAAUUCUUCCAACAACAGCAGUCACUGGGACCUCGGAAGUGCCUUUUUCUUUGCUGGAACUGUCAUCACCACCAUAGGGUAUGGGAAUAUUGCUCCAAGCACCGAAGGAGGCAAAAUCUUUUGUAUUUUAUAUGCCAUCUUUGGAAUUCCACUCUUUGGUUUCUUAUUGGCUGGAAUUGGAGACCAACUUGGCACCAUCUUUGGGAAAAGCAUUGCGAGAGUGGAGAAGGUCUUUCGAAAAAAGCAAGUGAGUCAGACCAAGAUCCGGGUCAUCUCAACCAUCCUGUUCAUCUUGGCCGGCUGCAUUGUAUUUGUGACAAUCCCCGCUGUCAUUUUCAAAUACAUCGAGGGGUGGACGGCCUUGGAGUCCAUUUACUUUGUGGUGGUCACUCUCACCACGGUGGGCUUUGGUGAUUUUGUGGCAGGGGGAAAUGCUGGCAUCAAUUACCGGGAGUGGUAUAAGCCCCUAGUGUGGUUCUGGAUCCUUGUUGGCCUUGCCUACUUUGCAGCUGUCCUCAGUAUGAUCGGAGAUUGGCUACGGGUUCUGUCCAAAAAGACAAAAGAAGAGGUGGGGGAAAUCAAGGCCCACGCGGCCGAGUGGAAGGCCAACGUGACGGCCGAGUUCCGGGAGACGCGGCGGCGGCUCAGCGUGGAGAUCCACGACAAGCUGCAGCGGGCGGCCACCAUCCGCAGCAUGGAGCGCCGGCGCCUGGGCCUGGACCAGCGGGCCCACUCGCUGGACAUGCUCUCCCCCGAGAAGCGCUCUGUGUUCGCCGCGCUGGACGCCGGCCGCUUCAAGGCCUCGUCCCAGGAGAGCAUCAACAACCGGCCCAACAACCUGCGCCUGAAGGGCUCGGAGCAGCUGAACAAGCACGGGCAGGGGGCCUCCGAGGACAACAUCAUCAACAAGUUCGGGUCCACCUCCAAACUCACCAAGAGGAAAAACAAAGACAUCAAAAAGACCUUGCCCGAGGAUGUGCAGAAAAUCUACAAGACGUUCCGGAAUUACUCCCUGGACGAAGAGAAGAAGAAAGAGGAGGAGACGGAGAAGAUGUGUAACUCGGACCACUCCAGCACGGCCAUAUUGACUGAGUGCAUCCAGCCGCAGGCCGGUGUGGAGAACGGGAUGGUCCCCACGGACACCAAAGACAGGGAACACGAGAACAACGCAUUACUUGAAGACAGAAACUAAGUGUUAAGGACAUUGGACUUGAUGAAGCGUUGUGGUUUUUUUUUUUUUUUUAAUACUCACCCUGAGACACGUGCCUUAAACAGAUUUCUCGUUAGUCCGAAAUUACAUAGCAUUGAAGAAUAUAUUUCACUGUGCCAUAAACGACCGAGAAAGCUCGCUCUGCCAAAAGGAAUCAAACAACAAGGACUCCACUUCCCAUUGGUCAUGACAUUGGUCAUGGCCGCCAAUGUCAAGCGCGCUUCGGUGGCAAGGCUGUCCCCUGUGCAGCGCCGCCCAGCCAUGGCACAUAGAAAAGGGCAGCUAUUCCUUAGACCAGCCUUCUGAAAGGAACAGGUGUGUCUUUUAGAUGGAGUCUCAUUUCCUGAACCUACCGUUAGUGAUAUAUGCACACAUGCACAAGGGGACCAGAUUGCGGGUGAACUGGUACCUGUAACUAGGGUUAGAGUUGACAUUUUUGGCAUGUUGCUCUGAGCUUGAAUUUUGAUACAAACCAUUCAGUGCAUAGCUAGCCUUUCUAAGCUCCAAAUGAAUGUCCAUGGGACCUGAGAGCACGUGGAAUUUGUUGGAAGCAGACCAGAGCACACAUAUUAAAAGGUGCAAUUGCUUUCCUCAUUACAAAA